GUGGCAUCUGCUGGUUGCAGCAGGGGAAGGAGGCCAAGUGCACCAUGAUCCUGAAGACGGGUGUAACGUGGGAGGAAUGCUGUGCCAAUGGCAACGUGGACGUAGCCUGGUCUAACUACACCUACCCAGGCAACAAGAUCAGCCUGCUGGGCUUCCUGGGGCUGGUGACCUGCCACCCCUGCAAAG